AUGGACAGUAAUUUCUAUGAAAAUUUAAAAGAUGAAAGUUCAUGUUUAAUAGAUCCAGAGAGUGAUGAAUUUGUUGACUCGCCAUUAAAAAGAAUGUAUGAAGAUUACAGAGAAUUAGGAAGUGAUGAUAAUUUGGAACCUCAACCAAAAAAAAGAAUAAAAAGCAGUAAUAGAAACUUCAAUGACGUGGAUGACAUAGACUUAUGUGCUGAAGAAUCAUCACAAGGAACAUUUCAAACUAAUAUUCCUUUGAACCAAACUCAAAUCAUUACCAAUUGGUCAUUGUAUGACAAUGAUCAAUCGAAUGACUCUAGACUUGACUUUAAUAAUCAAAUAGCAAAUCCCUUCAGAGUACCAAAUGAUUCAUUAUCAAAUGUUGAUCCUCCUCUAAUCUUUCCUAUACAUCCACAACUUGAUUUUCUAACUCAAAAUAAUAAUAACAAUAAUAUAUAUAAUAAUAAUAAUAAUAAUAAUAAUGAACUAAACACAAAUAUGACCUUUUUCAACACACCUAUUAUAUCCACCAAUACUUCAACUUUACAUAGCAAUAUUGAUGCUAUUAUUUUCAGUAAUGAACCAAUCAAUAAUAAUAAUAAUAAUAAUAAUAAUAAUAAUAAUAAUAAUAAUAAUAAUAAUAAUAAUAAUAAUAAUAAUAAUAAUAAUAAUAAUAAUAAUAAUAAUAAUAAUAAUAAUAAUAAUAAUAAUAAUAAUAAUAAUAAUAAUAAUAAUAAUAAUAAUAAUAAUAAUAAUGGAAUCAUUUUCAAUAACAUUGACCUUGUAAAUAGUGUUAAUAGUAAUAGUAAUAUUAAUAUUGGCAGCGUUGAUUUAAAUAAUAUUUUAAGCUACCUCAAUUAUAAUUUUAAUAAUAAUAAUAAUAAUAAUAAUAAUAAUAAUAAUAAUAAUAAUAAUAAUAAUAAUAAUAAUAAUAACUCCAUUACUCAACCUAAUGAAAACAAAUUUAAUAAUGAAAAUAUACCAACUUGUCAAAAUGGUAAUAAUAAUCCAGAAUCAAAAGAUAAUCUUGAUAUUAGCCAGGUUGACUCCAUUCUAAAUAAUAAUAUUGGUGGAAAUGAUGAUGAUGAUGAAAAUAAAAUGGAUUCUCAAUCAAAAGCCAAUAUAGCCUCUAUCAUUGUAAAAAUUUUAACUUAA